AACAUGAAGCUCCCGAUUUUCAUAGCGGAUGCAUUCACGGCAACAGCUUUCCGGGGCAAUCCUGCUGCCGUCUGCCUCGUGGAAAAUACACUGGUCGAAGACGCCCAUCAACGCAUCGCAGGGGAAAUGAACCUCUCCGAAACGGCUUUCAUCAGGAAACUGCAACCAAGCGACAACUUCACACAGAGUGCCCGCUUUGGACUCAGGUGGUUUACACCAGUGAGUGAGGUUCCUCUGUGUGGCCACGCCACCCUGGCCUCUGCGGCUGUGCUGUUUCACAAAAUAAAGAACACAAACAACAUCCUAACCUUUGUCACUAUGAGUGGGGAACUAAAGGCCAGAAGAGCAGAGGACGGGAUUGUCCUGGACUUUCCUCUCUACCCAACCUUCCCCCAGGACUUCCAUGAAGUAGAAGACUUGAUAAAGACAGCCAUAGGUGACACCCUGGUGCAGGAUAUCCAGUACUCUCCGGAUACCCGAAAACUUCUGGUCCGGCUCAGCGAUUCUUACAACAGGUCCUUUCUAGAGACCCUGAAGGUGAACACAGAGCCUCUGCCUCGAAUUGAAGAGACAGGGAAGGUGAAGGGACUCAUUCUCACUCUCAAAGGAGAGCCUGGGGGGCGGACACCCCAAUAUGACUUCUACUCCCGAUACUUUGCGCCAUGGGUUGGUUUGGCCGAAGACCCGGUAACAGGAUCCGCGCACACCGUUCUCAGUAGUUACUGGUCCCAGCAGCUUAGGAAGAAAGAGAUGCGAGCCUUCCAGUGUUCCCGCCGAGGAGGGGAACUGGACAUUUCCCUGCGACCUGAUGGCCGAGUUGACAUGAAGGGUGGCGCUGCUAUUGUCUUAGAGGGCACGCUCACAGUCUAGAGACACCUGUGCUGGGCUGUGGCCGCGGCUGAACACGGUGUUUUCUCUACACCAAACAAACAAACAACAAACGCCCAGAACUUGCUUCAGCGAGCUCACCGACCAGCACCCUCAACCCUCUUGUGAAGAACAGAAAGGAAGCCAGCUGAUGGAGACGAGAUAGCGUCUCCAGACUCCUUAGCCGAUGAUGGGCUCAGGCCUCUGCCUGUGUGUGUCUUCGGUGGCCCACAGUAGAGAGUGAUGCUGUCACUUCUUUUGAUUAUGACUGCCAAUCUAAGUGAGAGAUCCAUUGAGAAAAGCCAGAUGAGGCCAUUUCAAUUUUGGCAUGGGUACCUAAUAGAGUAUUGCACAACCAUUCAGGAGAAUUAAUAGCUCUGUGGAAAUGCAGUGUUGCUAAAAUCCUUUCCCCGUGGGCAACAGAAACAUCUCCUCCCCGUUCCCUGAGUUUCCAAAAACAAACUGAGGUACAAUGCCACCAAAGUCCCCCCCAGGGCACCCGUGAGCUAUUGGCCUUACUUACAGAGCAUAGGUAAGGGGUUACUUACAGAAGUGUGGGUGCGCUCCCCUGAAAUGUGGCACUCAGAAAGGCUUUUAUCCAGCAAUGACGAUAACUUUCCUAUAGCCACACAGAUGGAGCCCCACUUCCUUAGUCUUCGCUGGCCUGUACCCCUAGCCUCUUGCUGGGGCCCUGUGUGAUUAGGGCAGCAUCGCAUACCACAGGUGGAAGGGAGAGGCUGGAUCCUCGGGUGAGGGUCCUGUGACCUCCCCACCGCUCUAUGAGGAGAUGUAAACAGUUAAGGAGCCCAGCUGGGACGAUCUUUUGCAAGUGGGCACAGCUGCACUCCUGAAUAUCUCAGUUGCUUGGAGCAGAAUAUCAUCUCGAGCAACAUGCAAGAAAACAUCUCACGAUGUAAUAAUACCAAGAAAGAAAAGUCGAGCAGACUGGAAACUGUUAGGGAGGUUGUCCUGUGACGGUGGGGCAUUUGGAUUUGUGUGG